CCGUGAAAAUAACGCAGUCGCCGAAGAGAAGCGGAGGAUAAGUUUUUGCUUUGUAUUCUACUUUCGUUUGGCAGCAGCGCGCAGAGCUCUUUUCUUUCGCCCGUUGAACGGUUGAACUUUCGGGCUCGCUUCCUUCGCUUCAAAGGCACGACGGAUGAUUCACGCAGUCGCUUUGUGCGCGACAGUCACCGGCGAGCGACGCUGAAGCUUCCGAUUUUCGAACCCCAAGAGAGGACGACGCGAACUCGGGAGGGAGGAAGAAAGCUCUUGAUGGAUGUUGUGGAGUGCUCCCUGAGCUCCUCUUCACAACUGCGGCGGCUGCACAGCUCGCUUCAUCACUACGGCAACCAGGGGCCGUGCUUUUGACCGUCGCCGAAGCCCGCUGCAUCGAGGAAAUCGCAAUGCCGCUGAACUCAGACUCUGGUGGCAUGAGGAAGCUGCUCCGGUCAGUGGUGGCCCGGUGCUGCUCCCUGACGCACCUGGUGGCCGUCUUCGACGUGCUGGUCCUUCUGGUGGCAGUCAUCUUCCAGGGCUCGACGCUCGACUUCUACCUGAUCCAGCACAACCAGGGCUCGGUUGCCUGGUACUUCUGGUUCCUGGCCGACUUCCUCGUCCUCAUCGGCAUCAUGUCGGCCGUCUUCCUGGCGCGGCGCCACUUCCGACGGCUGGCACCCUCUCCCGAUCAACCAGACGAUGCCACGCCCGAGCCGGAGCCCCCGCAUCCGUUCCUGGGCCGCUUCCCGCUGUGCUACCUGUCGUGGCUGCUGUAUGCCCUGCUGCUGGUGGCCAAAGUGGUCCUGCUAUUUCGCAUGGACGUGGCACAGAAAUUGCAGGAUGACAACGUGUACGGAUCCCAGUUUCUCAAGGCAGUGGUGGCGGUGGCGGCGGUGAUCUUUCUGCUGCUCGUCGAGAGUCACAACGAGGCCGGCGCCAGCUCGGAGCAGCGCACCUACCUGCACUCGCUGUGCACGGGCACCACCUUCGAGGUGCUGGACAGCGUCACCUUUCUCGGGUUGCUGUUCCCCAACGAGACCCACCUGGCACUGACGUACCCGCUUGAGAAUGCCGUGCUUGCGCUCACCUGCGUCAACUUCGUGCUGCCGACCCUCGCCCUGUUCAAGUUGAGCCAGUGCGAGUUUGGCCAGCUGCCACGACCCCUUGGGCUCAAGCUACUCUACAAAGUCCUGCACAUGUGUCUCAUCAACGUACCUUACCUGAGCAUCCGCAUCUACCUCUGGAGCUUCUUCGGCCACGACGUCUCACUCUUCCUCAUCAAGAACCUGCUCGGCAUCUACUCCGCGUUGCGCACGCUCAUCCCCGAGCUGCGUCUCUACAUCUUCCUGCUCUCCAACCGGCGUCGGAGCCACACCUGCAUCGCCGCCGACCCCAUUGAGCUGAAGGUCAUCUGCGAGAAGGACGAUAGGCACGGGGACGACGACGGCGUGCCCGGCCGGUCGGUUGGCAACGUGCUCUAGCCCGUACGUGACCGUCGUGACUUUCUCGGACACGACUGACGUCGUGCGCUUCUGGUGCGCCAACUGGUUGACCCCAUUGAGCUGAAGCUCAUCUGCGAAAAGUACGAUCGGCACGGGGACGACAACGGGGUACCCGGCCGAUCGGUCGGGAACCUGCUCUAGCCCGGACGUGACAGUCUUGACUUUCUUGGACAUGACUGAUGUUGUCACGCUCUUCUGGUGUGCCGACCGGAGCGGACUCGUAUGGGCGUUGCGUCUCGUGCCUCUGUUGGGGACACCGCAGACGCCACACCUUAUUUUCUGCAAGUGUGUUGACCCGAAGUGUGUUUUUAUCUGUUUACUUAAUAUGCGUUUGCGAACGACGCCGUAGGCUCGGAUGUAUGUAUAUUGCCGGCUCUCGGAACCGAUAAUUGCUCGAUGUACAAAAAGAGGAAAGAAAGAAAAAGACAUUGCCCUGACCAGUCAUCGGCACCGCGCUUUCAAGAUCUAGGGAUCGCAGAGGCGAGAGAACAUUGCCGCUCGCGUCACUGGAGAUUCGAAAUUGCGGGAACAGUGAAACCCGAGCUAGUGGGGCCUAGCUUCAAGACCGUGCUGUCGUUCUUAAACUUGAGACAUGUUCCGAUGCUUGGCACGUUGAUGCAGCUGUGCUUACUGGUUGCCUAAUGUACAAUCCCUACUUGAAGUCCAGUUCGAAUGUUGUGUGACCCCUCCGCUUUUCGAAAACGCAGUUUUGUGCUCGCUCUUGCGCCGAGAAAAGUAUGAGUACACAGUUCCGGUCACACGCGCAGGGACCCGGAGGUCUCUUCGAGAACUGCUAACCGAUCAAAGCUAUCCGGCGGUGGCGCAGCGUUAUCUCUCGGCAGCUCGUGGAAGUGUGGUUUGUGCAUUUGUUAAGCUUCGGCUUUUUGCAGCUUUGUUCCGGACGCUGCAGUACCUUCUCGUAGGUGUGCGGCAUGUAUUUUAUCGUCUCUUUCUUCAUUGUUGAGGAAUGCUUAGUAAGCCUGUUGUGUGCGUGUUUGCAUCUUGUGUACAGGACAACAGCACUCGUGAAUCUCCCACCCCAAUGCACUGAAGCUCAAAGUUACUUGUGGCAGAUGAUCACCGUCGUAUUGGCAUGUCGGGGACCACUGAUGUAAGUCUUGGUAGCUAGGCAUUGUUUGGUAAAACUUCAGCGACCAUUCAUGAACUGCAGGGCUCCCGCCAUGGCACAUUGCAGAACAACGGCUUGUAUUGCUUAGAACAACUCUGAAUGUGUUUCCCUUAAUGAUGCGCACUUUGGAAUUGUGUCUAUCCAAAGUUGCGUGCAGCCAUUUCAUGCCAGCAUGGAGGAGCUGUACUGAUGAUGUCUUGCUUGGCAUGGACGCUGUGCUUGUAAUCUUCGUCACAUUCAUGGUAGCGCGGCAUAAUGUCUUUGGCAACACCUCCUUGAUUUAUGUUUUUUAUGCACCUGCUACGAAUGGUCACUGCUAUAGUAAAUUGAUGCUGCUCAGAGAGCCUUCGAGCUAUAUUGGAGAUAGAAGUGCUCAAGUAUCGGACAAGUGAGAAGGGAAUCAUUGGAGCAGCUUUUUAAGGUCACCUUCACGCAGAAACUGGCUGAUUGGAAGUCAUCGGGGAACCGUAUGCACUUCUUUGAUGUGAUCAUCCAACGACCUUUGCCAAACGUACAAGAGCUUUUAAUGAUGUGCUCAACUCGCACCAGCUUCGCGUGACGUGAUGUUUCCGAGCACCUCCUCAUCCGUUUUUUAAUGCGCGGAAUUUCCACUUUCACAUUCCAGGGAUUGCCGCAAAACAGCUCUGCAUUUUCAAACUAGUUAAUGUUUGGCUAGGUAUUACCACGCCUGCCUCGAGCUGGAGCAGUUGCACGCAGUUGAUGCCAACCUAGGGCUCUAUUUUUUCCCAGAGGUUGUCGCGUACUCCUAGUUCGAUCGAUAACAUCUUGGAAGCCCAACACGAGAGGAUAAGGUUGAUGCGACAACAUUAAGCCGCUGAACAAUCGCGUUGACGCGUGCGACCGGUACAAGCCCCAACGUUUGCCAAAGUACCAUCAUGAAACAGUAGUAUUUAGCCUUUCGGAAGCAAGCUGUUAAUGCUGCAUUUCGGAGGACAGUGGCACGCAUUUUUUUGCAGUGUUGAAGCAUCACUAAUGGUGGUUACUUGACGGCACAAGUUGUUUAUUCGUAUAGUUAUGCGAUUGCCGUCUUUGUAUGUGUUUUGAAACCGAGUCGUAGUCAUUUUUUUUCAAAAGAGUGCUGGGGUGAAGCUUGUACAUUAGGUCACUAAAGUUUACGGUGUACAUGCUCAAGGGCAGAACUUUCUUGAUGCCUGAGCUUGUAACUUAUUUGUCAGCAAAAGUACAGGAUGGUGAGCAACGACACAGACACGGCAUUAUGUCCAUAUCCUUCUUUUCUGUACUGUUCUUAUGUACUCUAAAAUAGUUGCUAAGAGUCAUUAACAUGCUCAAGCAUAUGGUCUUUCGACCUCAUAGUCUCAAGCUCAUUGCUCUCGUCACAUUCUCUCUGACCCACACAAUAGUCCAUUCAAACCAUGACCCGUAAAAUCUUGUGGUUUCCCGUAUGCCUGAGAACUCAUCGCCCAAAUAGCGCCGUUGCCUUUGCGUGAGAGCUCACAAAAAGAGACUUUCGUGAGUGCUUGCCACUGAGCGGCUACAAGUCCCAAAACUGCACGUAUUGCGGCAUGAUUGAGAUUACGUGUCUUCGCACAAAUGUGACUUUUUCUGCGGCGUGACGUCUGGCACCUGGAUCUGCUUCUCGGACGUGUUGCCUCUUGCACAGGUGUGAUGUAUACCAUAGGAUUUGCCAGUGUUUCGAAAUGAGUGUGAUAGCAUGCAUACUUUUGGGGGAGGUUCUUGGUGGGGGGGGAGGGGGGUAGUGAGUAGGAAUGUCCUGUGUUGUGACAUUACGCGUUCGCUGCCUGGAGAGAGAUCUUGUACGCCUUCUGUUAUGGAACGUCCAUCCUCACCAGACACAUUUGGUUGAGGCUCACAUUAACAUCGUCAGUGUUACGUUUACGACAUUACAACAGUCCUCAGCGCACGUGAUUGGUCCAGGCUCAUGGGUGCCGUCAUAUUCGUGACGUAAACAUUUGGCGUAAACAUCGCCCAUGUGACGUCGCGAAUGUGAUGUUUCCACCAAAUGUCUACGUCGCAAAUGUGACAGGACCUGUGAGCCCCGACCAUUUGCGGGCUCUGAUGACUAAACGUUUCGUCACGGAAUGCGUGCAAGAUCGUCCUGCAGGCGUUCAUUAACAGCAGAUGCAUUCCACUUUCACACCUGUGACUGAUUUCCAGCGAUUAACCUAACGAAACCGAAAGGCCAACUCUGUCACUGCUGCUUGCAGUAGGAUACUCAAGCAUAGACUAGCACUGACGAGCGUUGUUGGCCCUGUAAUGCUUACGGCACGCGCUAAAUGUCGUAGUUGUUUCGUCCGUCAUCCCGUCACGGUCACUACAUGUUGCACACUCGCCAAGAGCCAGUAGGUUAGUGUUGAAAUGAUCAAAAAUCUUGCCGAAUGUUUGUCCACAUUUUAUGUACCUGCACAGACCGACAGUUUGUGUUGCACCGUUUGUCACAAUGUUUAUAGACACUUAAUUUUUACGCACUUAAAAGAGCCUCUGAAACAAAGUGUAUUUAUAC